GCCGGCAUGCAGUAAAGAUUCGAAAGAGAAGGUGCAAGAACACAGAGAGGCCACUAAUGCUCUUGUUCUCUCUCUCUCUUUCUUUCUGCGCGUAUGGACACGCCAAAGCAAAGGUCUCGGUAUAAAGAACCGGGGCUUUCAAUUAAUGCAAGCGGAAGGAAGGGAGGAAGGGAGGAAGGGAGACUGGGUGCUUCAGUAAAUGGAUAAGAGGUAUUUACGGCCGGAAAGUGCUAAACCCUCGCUUCUGCAAAAGCUCACACUUCGCCGAGAAUAGACGCGGGAGGGUUGAGGAUGAAGUAUGUCUAAGGCCGUGGGCAGCUCGACCACAGCCUCGAUGGUCCGGUGAAACUCUCGGUUUUUCACCGAGGACGUGUGAAAAACUUGGGCGCAGAGGUCUGCUCUUCGGUAGCAGUGAUCCCAAAUCUCCCUCCGCUGCUUCAGCUGCAACGAAGUCCGUCAUGCGUGGCUUGGAAAGAUGAGAAUUGUUGUGUCGGUGCUCAUCUUGCGAAUAGUGUGAACUACGUCAGUCGCUGAAUUUGCUAACGCUGUGGACCCGGUAAAGGAGGCUGCGUUUGUCAGGCUGCGGACAACCGGUUCGCAAAAAAGCGAUCGUUUCAGAAUUCCUCGCAGGUCACAUCCAUGGCCACACCUGGGAAGCUCCGAGAGCUCACUUCGAGCCCAUCUCAGCAGAUUGGUGGUGGAAUACGCAUUCGACCAGCAGCUUUUGAAUGUUGUAGACUCUUGAGCAACAGGUGGGGAGGUCCCCAGAAGAAAUGGUCGUGGUCGUGUAAGAUAGAACAAGAUGCAGGGAAUGCAAUUCGCAACUUUCGCCAGGGGACGAGAACCUUUAGCCUUGAGCGUUCGUUCAAACGAGCAGCUCUUCCUUUAGACAGAGCCAGUAUUGAGGGCGAAACUGAUACAGAGAAACAAGAGGACGAGGAACCUUGGCUGGGGGCCGUCGUGUUCAAGCGAAGUUCUACUCAAACUCACUACGAGUUCCAGACGUCGCUUGAGCGAUUAGGGCUGGCUGUGCUCUCAUCAGAUGCGUCCAGCUCACUUGCAAAUUCUAUUGGAAUAGUUUCCAAAACUCCUGCAUCUGGAGCGGGCCAGGAUAACGUAACCCCGGUUGGCAUCUCUAUCGAUGUGAGCAGGGAAGGGAGAGACUUGAGAUUGGAUGGACUAGUGCGCACGGCGAUCACUCUUUGCUGCAACAGGUGUCUGUGUCCAGUCGUGGAGAGAGUUUUUGCUGAUUUCAGCUUGCUGUUGACUGAAAAAGAGGUGAAGGAACCCACUCAACAACGAAUCGGUGUUGUAAUUGGGGAUAAUCCGUAUCAUGCUCCAGAUGAUGACGGCGAUGGCCUGGACCUCGACUUAGAUGAUAAGCUUCAAUUUCCCCGUGACCAUAAGGAAAUGGAUCUUUCCAAGUACUUAAGGGACACCGUUCACCUAGAAAUUCCUUCUAAGUCUCUAUGCUCUGCUGAUUGCUCUGGUCUUUGUCUUAGCUGUGGGGUAAAUUUAAACCAAAGCACAUGCAAGUGUGUCGACGUCAAAGUGAAGCCGUCUUGGGGACCACUAGAACAGUUGAAACGCCAGUUAGAAGAAGAAGAAAAAGAAGGUGAUGACGAUAUUUUGGAAUUAUAAUAAGUAAAGUUUCUCCGUCUUGACCAGUUCUUUUUCUGGGCUGUAUGGAGAUCGAUCGCUAUU